AGCUCUCGUCACUAACUUUGCCGGCCUAUCGCCGCUGCUUUCCCAAAAAAAAAAAGAAAGAGAAUCCGUUCUUUGUAUUCUCAAAGCUCCAAAGUCUUCUCCUUUUCAGCUUAUUUGAUUACUGUUCAAUCAAUCAACUCAUCUCUAAUCGAAAGUCGAAACCUUUUUUUUUUUAUCUGGGUUUUCUCCAAUGGGUAUUUUGCUCAUUACUUCGAUUUUCCUCAUGGAGUGGUAGAAACCUGUGUGUGUGUGUGUAGCUUUUAUACUUACUUACAGCUUCUCUCUUAGAAAGCAUGAGUCUUUGAUUCUGCAGCCUCGAGUGAGUUUGUUUUUUUCGACGAGUUCUAAUGUUUAUGGAGCUGAAUUGGAGAAGUAUCCAAGUGCUCUCCUGAUUCUUGAGAAGAAAAAAACAAAAAUAGAGGAGAAGAGAGAUGGAUCUAUGGUUAAUCGCAGCUACUGCUGCUACUGGAUACAUUACCAAGCAUUUGCCAAAUGUAUCCAAAGACAAAGAAAGCGAGUCUUCUUCUUCUUCUGAGGAUUUGACUUAUGUGAAGAAGCCUGAAUCUCCCAGAUGUCUGGUUAGCACAUUUGUCAGAGACAACAAGAAACCAAACGAAGAAAACUUUGAGGAUUGCGUAAAUGGGGAAGAUCUUGAUGUAUUGGGAGUAGUGGAUAGUGAGGAUGUUUGUUCAGAUUCCUUUGGGAACAGAGCGUUUCUCAGGAGAAAACAGCGAUAUAGGAAACUUAUCAAGCCUUUUUCUAUGGAGAAGAGCGUAAUAUCAUCUCGGUUACAUAGAGAGGAGGUAUAUAUGCUUAGCCCGUUUCCAUCACCGUGUGGUGUUUCAGUUUCAGUUUCGAGGCCCUUGGUUGUUACUGAUGGUACAGAAGUAAUAAGCAAGAAGAACAAUGGAGAUUCUCUUAGCCAGCGAGCUCAGAACUGUGGAAUCCCUCAGCUAAGGAAGCUGGAAUCUUCAGGUCUUUAUGUUAAGAGAAGAGUCGGAGAUGCGAGUAAAAGAUCUGAUAAUGGGAUUGGAGCAAGUGAUGCAGCAUUACUGCUAUGCGUUGGGAUAUCGAUUGGGAUAAUGUCAUCAUUUGUAGCUAACCAAACCGAAGUAAACAAGGUCAAAUCAGAGUUAAAUCAGACAGAGAGUUUGGUAAAGGAUUCAGAAGAUGAUGAUGAGCUUAAGACGAAAGACUCAUUGUUGACAGUGAAGGAUGAUGAAAAGACAGCAGAUAAUAGUUCAGAAUCUAUUGGUGGAAUCGAAGCAGAGCUUGUAGCUGAGCUGGAAAGGCUACAGAUCGACAUCGACUCAUCCAACACUGAGACACAACCCUCAGAUGCCUUCGAGAUGGAGCCGAAAUCUGAAGUAGAGUUUGCGCAGGGAGAGCUGAGAGAUGAUGAUGAACAGGUUGAAAGGCAGCGCUUUGGCUUUGAUGAAACCGAGUCUAACCAGGAGGAGGAACAUCUUGGAAACGCAGCCACACCUGAAUCAGGAAACUAUACAGUCUCACCUCGCGAGCUAAGCUUGCGUCUGCACAGAGUUAUCAACUCACGCUGCGAAAAACGAAUAAAAGAGCUCGAGAUCGCCUUAGGAGAGAGCCAGAGGAAAGUGGAGGAGCUAGUCAUGGAAGCAGAGGAAAGGAAGAAACCACCGUAUUCAUAUUCAUCGUCAAGGUUAUUAUGGGAAAGCCAUGCAGCGAAGAGAGACUCGAUUCGUAAGCAUAAUAAUAAUAAUCCUGGAGAGAUCCAAAUCCAACCUCUGGUUAUGAAUCUAGCAGGGCCGCCGGCACUUGAUGCGUUCAAUGACUCUUACGAGGAGCUGAUGGAUAUAAAAGAUUAUUGUGAAGAAGGAGAUGAGAUGCAUGAGAAUACGCAGCGAGAAGAAAUGUAUUUGACAAGCAAAAGCUCACCUAGGAGCCAUAAAGAUUACGUAAAGGCUUCCUCUAGAACAUCAGAGGAUGUUAAUUUCUUCAAUCUGCAAGAUCUACUUGGUUUAAGCGACGAAGAAGAAGAAGGAGAGUUUGAGAGUGAGAUGGAGAUGGAGAAGCAACUGAUAAAGCAGAUUGUUGAGAAAACAAAACAAGGAUCUUCUUCUGUGUUUAAUGCCCAGAAGAUGCUAUCUCUCAUGAAAGAAAUAGAGCAUAAUCUAUAACGAGCAUAAAAAACUGGUCAGAACUUCAUUGCUUUCUGAUGAAAAAUUUAUAGACAUCUCUAUUAAGUGUAUAGAUAUGUAAGAUUUCGGUGAAA